CCAGCCUCGCAGGAGAAACGCCGCUGAACUUUCGUUUUCUAACCAAUUCUUCUAAACAAGACAUGGAGCGAGCCUCUGUAGAGAUUUGGAACUGGAUUGAGGGACUUUCAACGGAUAAGCAAAAACAUCUUCUGCAAUGGCAACUGCAAGCUAGAGAACAAAUUCACAGCUUUAAGGACGUACGACUUGGCGAUCAUCUGGUAAGAAAAGAUUCCUUCCUUGGGCUGGUUCGGUACGAGCAUCAUUUUAUCUGCGUCGGUCUCAACGGUGAAGGCAAGCCGCUGAUUGUACACUACUACAAUACACCAUGGAAAGCCACCGCUCAGUUGAUCCCUAGUAUCUCAGGCUGUGGUUCUCCCAUUGAACAACUGGCAGCGGUUCAGGAGAUGUGUAUUGAAGAGUACGUCAGCGAAGCCAAGCUGCAAACGGAGGGAAACGAGGUGGCAAGAGUUGUGUGGCCAGAAGAACUGCUCCGGUAUCCUCCAGAGGAAAGGGCUAAAAGAGCCAGGGAAAGGGCUAGGAAAAAAGAAAAAUGGUACGAUUUAGUGAAGAAUAACUGCGAGACCUUAAUCAUGUGGUGCUUUUGCGAUUUACAAAUCAGCCUUCAAGUGACCGCUGCUGUUCAUCAUUUUCGUGAGGUUAUUGGCGGUGGAUAUAAUUCUCUUAAACAUGUACUUCAGCAACUUCCAAAAGCACUCUUUGAACAGUUUGGCGACGACAUUAUACUUCUUGCGUCGUGGUUAAAGCCCGUUGGAGCAGCUCUUCCGAAAGGAUUCGGUUUCUACGUCGGCGCAGCAGUGUCCAUUUUCCCAGAAGCUUUUCUGGCUUAUAAAGAAAUUAUGUCAGCUAAGCAAAAAUGGAAUGACAGGAUUGUCAUAACGGACAGAAAAGAGUUUAUCAAGGCAGUCAUUGAUAGUCUUUUGUCAGCUUCUUUUCGUGCCGGUGGAAGUAUUGGUGGAAUGAUAGUUGGCCAGUUGGUUUUCCCUAAUCCAGUCCUUGAUGGCAUAAUUAAAGCUGUACUUGGUCAUUCAUUUGGCCAUUUCGCCUCAAAACUGCUUACUGAAUUUGGCUUUACAGAAUUUCUUGCGGAACAUAUAGACAACUGGUUGCCUCCUGAUAAACCUGCUGAUAAACUCGAUUAGGAGAGUACUUACACCAAUGAGAGUGCCCCUUUCUCGAGGUACUUCAUAUAUCUAUCAUCACUUGUAACUUGGGAGAGAAGCUAGCAAGCGCAAAAGCGCAAGAGUGAGGCCUUUUCCUUUAUUAUAUACAUACUUAGAAACACUCACCUAACAUUUAUGCCGUAAAUUUUCUUCUAAUAUGACUUGACGCUACCAAAUCUGUAUUGCUAAGUGUCUUUACUCUCAUAGAGACGAUUUGGCCGAAAAUGUGGGCUUAACCAUGCUCAUGCAUGAAAAAGGUCCACUUCUUGUUGACGCGCGUCGCUUAGAAACGUCUUUGCUUGAGCUCCCUACUGUUUAUAACGCACGAACUGGACACGUGCGUUUGUCACCCUUGCGCUCUUCGCGUUCGUUUCCCUCGCUGGAGCGAUUUUCGUAUGACCUUGAAAUCAAAACGCGCGAACAAAACAGAAACAUCAACCGAACGGAAAUAGAGCAAUUUAUUUGGUUUAUCGAACGGAUACAGAAGUGCGUUUCUUUUGGUUGGUUAAGCGAGCGCUCGGGUGAAAAAACUUCAUGCCCGAGAACUUUCUAGAAAUCAAUCGAUACUUCGCUUUGACGUCAUACUACAUCAAGAUUGGCCAAUCGAACAAUGCCUUUUCCAUAUGAGGGUUUUCUUUGGCGGGAAACGAAGAGUCCACAUGUUUUGAUCUUUUCAUCUGUUGGCUGAUAAAACAAAUAACGAACACUUACCGAAACCAUUUUUCAAGUCAUACCAAAAUCGCUUCAUCUGUCGCGUUCGUUUCAGUUUGUGCUGGAAUGCGACUUCCGGUACUCGAUUUGCCUCUUUGCCAUUUCCGCUAUAACUUUGCCUUUAGCCAACAAGAAGAUCAAGGCGGAUCGAGGUCGUCACUAUCGUCAAGUUGUCUUUCCUAAAUCUACCUUAUAGAAAAGAUGAUGUGAGCAGUCUGAAACCUCAUCGUAUGAUAUUGGAAUAGUAGUCCCAAGAAUAACACUUUUCUACAUUUAUCGGCUUGAAGUUAUAAUUUAUGACAUUGUAAUAUGUUCUUAUUGUACAGCGGUUGUUAGCUCGAUCGAAAGCUAAGCUCCUCUGACCACCGUACACUUCUAUCCAAGCCAUUAAUUUUAUUUUUUCCUUCUUCUUCUUCUUUUUUAUUAGUGUAUUCCUACCUUGC